GUAUGGAAAACAGAAAGCAUCACUGAAUGCUCCAGAAGACCAACAGUAUAAAGAAUAGUUGUGUUAAAUGAUAAUAAGAUAAAUUAGUGAUUAUUUAGAGGGUAAAACUGGGCUUACGGUGGUAGACUGCUGAAUGUAAGACCGUCUAAAGCAGUACACAAACGCAGAGAAAGAUGAGUCAAGACUCCUUAGCCCUGAAAGAAGAGGGAAACAACUUGUUUAAAAGUGGUGAUGUCCAGGGAGCUCUGAGCUGCUACACCAAAGCUCUGAAGCUGAGUGAGAGUGAAUCUGAGAGCGCUGUGCUGUACCGAAACCGAUGUGCCUGCUACCUCAAACUAAAUGACUUCAACAAGGCCAAGGUGGAUGCCAGUAAAGCACUUGAAACAGACCCAGGUGAUCUCAAGGCCCGGUUCCGGCGUGCACAGGCUUUACAUAAGCUCGGGCAGCUGGAUCAGGCCUUCCUUGAUUCACAGAAAUGUGCACAGCUGGAGCCCAAGAAUAAGGCAUUUCAAGAGUUGCUCAGGCAACUCAGUGCUGAGAUCCAGCAGAAGGCUGUGCAGCUCUCUUCCACAGACUCCCGUGUUCAGCAGAUGUUCAAACUUCUCUUGGACAACUCUGCACAGGCCUCAGACAGACAGAAGGCUGCUCAGAAUCUGGUGGUGAUCUCACGUGAAGAUGCUGGAGCAGAGCAAAUAUUCAGGAAUGAUGGUGUGAAGCUCCUCCAGAAAUUGCUGGAAUCUCAGCAGGAGGACAUUGUCCUCUCAGCACUCAGAACUCUGGUUGGCCUGUGUACAGGACAUCAGUCAAGGACAGUGGCCAUUGUGAAUGAAGUAGGCAUGGACAGGCUGUGUGGCGUCAUGGGCACCGCAGUUUCAGCUGUGUCUCUGUCGGCCUGUCACCUGCUUCAGGUCAUGUUUGAGGCUCUCACCCAGGGUAUGAAUAAGCAUGUCAGAGGGAAGGAUGAGGCUAUACUGCCAGAACCAUCCCGUGAGCUACGUUCCAUGCUACGCCAUCUUAUUGACAUGCUACCUGCAUCGAAUGUGUCUGGACCUGGACGUGACAGUGCUGUCAACCUCCUGGUCAAACAGGUGCCCCGAAAAUCUCAGAAAAACCCAGACAACUCCCUCAGCCUGUGGGUCAUUGAUCAAGGCCUGAAAAAGAUUCUGGAAGUUGCAGGGACAGUUCCUGAGAUAACGGAUGGGCCACCUCUCACUGACAAUACUCCUAUGAACUGCUCUGUCCUGCUUAAUAAGUUAUAUGAUGAUCUGAAGAGUGACAAAGAGAGAGAGAACUUCAACAAGUUGUGUGAGGAGUAUAUCCAGUACCAUUUUAGAGGCCCAGGCUUGGAAAGCAAACUGCGUGCAAUACAAACUGUGUCAGUGUUGCUGCAGGGCCCCAGUGACGUGGGCAACCGUACACUGGAGAUGUCAGGCAUGAUGGAUGCUGUCAUUUCUUUAUGUGCUUCUGAGAACGUCACCCAUCAGCAGGUAGCAGUAGAGACACUCAUUCAUGCUGCAGGCAAGGCCAAGAGAGCGUCCUUCAUCACAGCAAAUGGAGUGGCACUGCUGAAGGACCUUUAUAAGAAGAGUGAAAAUGAACAGAUACGGGUGCGAGCGCUUGUGGGAUUGUGCAAACUUGGCUCAGCUGGAGGCACAGAUUUCAGCAUGAAGCAGUUUGCAGAAGGGUCAACUCUCAAACUUGCCAAACAGUGCAGGAAGUGGCUGUGCAAUGAUUCUCUUCCUCUGACCUCUCGGCGCUGGGCUGUCGAAGGCCUGGCCUACCUCACCUUUGAUGCUGAUGUGAAGGAGGAUUUGGUGGAAGAUAAGAACGCACUUCAGGCCAUGUUUCAACUGGCUAAGUCUGAAGACAAAACAGUAUUGUUUGCCAUCGGCUCUACAUUGGUAAACUGCACCAAUAGUUAUGACAUUGAGAAGCCGGAUCCUCAGUUGGUAGAAUUGGCCAAAUAUGCCAAACAGCACAUACCAGAGGAGCAUCCAAAGGAUGCUCAGCCUUUUGUGGAGAAGCGUUUGGUUAAGCUUUUGGAGGCUGGGGUGGUUUCAGCUUUGGUGUGCAUGGUUAAACAGGAAAGUCCUGCUCUCACUGAUACAUGCAGAGAAUGUAUUGCCAGGGUGUUCCUGGCUCUAGUGGAACGCCAAGAAGACCGGGGAAUGGUCGUGGCACAGGGUGGUGGUAAAGCAUUGUUACCGCUGGCAUCAGAAAGCACAGAUGUAGGUAAAAUCAAAGCAGCACAAGCACUAGCCAAAAUCGCCAUCACCUCAAAUCCUGAGAUUGCCUUUCCCGGGGAGAGGGUUUAUGAGGUGGUGCGUCCACUUGUGAAUCUCUUGGCCCUGGAUUGCUCUCUCCUGCAGAACUUUGAGGCUCUGAUGGCCCUCACUAACCUAGCUGGCAUUAGUGACAGACUGCGACAGAAGAUUAUUAAAGAGAAAGCUGUGCCUAAAGUGGAGGGCUACAUGUUUGAGGAGCAUGACCUGGUACGAGCAGCAGCCACUGAGUGCAUGUGUAACUUGAUCUUAAGCCCUGAGGUGCAGAAACUUUACCUGGCCACAGACAGCGACCGACUGAAACUCUUGGUACUGUACAGUGGUGAGGAUGAUGAGAGACUGAGGAAGGCUGCUGCAGGAACCCUCGCAGUGCUCACUGGGGAAAUGCCAGAGCUGUGUGCACGGAUCCCCAGCACAACCAGUCACUGGUUGGAGAUCCUGCAGGCUCUGCUGCUGAGUGACAUUCAGGAUCUGUGUCACCGUGGUGUAGUCAUCACACUGAACCUGAUGCAGGCAGAAAGGAGUUUAGCUGAAAAACUAAUGGAGAGUGAGGCACUGGAGAUCCUUUCUGUCCUGGCUAAAGCAACUGAAGCUAACAAGGCUCCUGUGAUUAGAACAGCCCAGCGCUGCCUCGCCUUAGCUCUGGAGUACGGUCUUAUCAGGAGCAAUGAUGGCAAAACCAGUGGAACAUCUGAACCGUGAUUGGACAGAUUAUCCAUACACAGAAAGCUCACUACAAGUCUUAAGUUUGCAUACCUUAUUUUAUAAAUGUAAUAUGUGAUUAUAGUACACAGUUAAGUUUUUCGAGCUCUGCUAGUAGACGCACCCUCAAACGGAAGACUUGUUAACAGAUAUCAGGACUGAAAUAAGGAUGGACAGCAGAAAAGAGAUGGUUGUUCUUUGCACCAGACAAUCGUUUAAUUGCACGUUUUAAUUCUUGAUUUAUAAUGAGAUAAAAACAGUGUCAUUGCAGCGGAGUUGCUACCACCUGUUUCUUAGAGGUGUAUUUAUCCCCUGUUGAAAAAUCCAUCUUACUCUGAGCAGCUACAGCUGCCAAAAUUCAGGCCAAGCUGGUUGAGCUGGCAGGCCAUUUUGCCAGCUGGUAAUUGCUGGUAAUAUUUCCUGAAUUACUGCUACUAAUGCCAUAUUGUAGUUAUUUUAAAGAAAAUAACACUGUGGGUAGCAUGGUCCCUACAUAAUGUUAAAUACAAAGUGUGUGUGUGUGUGUGUGUGUGUGUUGCCCUGAAAUGGAUGGGGGUGCCAUCCAGCGUGUAUUCCUGCACCCCACCCAGUGUUCUCAGGAUAUGCUCCGGAUCCAUUACCAGCAUGAUUUACAUGAAUAAGUAAAAACCAGCCUGACGAGCUCAGCCUUUUUUGUUUGUUUGUUUGUUUGUUUUUGUUUCUUCUUGCUGUGAAUAGUUGACCAAACCAAGCUGGAUUUUUCAGCAGGGUCCUCAUGCUUAAAAACAGUACAAAAAUAGAUUCUAAAUAUAUAUUUCACUACAAUUUACUUGCACUGUGUAUUUUUUUUUUGUUUUGUUUUCAUUCUUAGAUUUACUGUCCUUCUGCAUUCCAGUGAACCAUUGUAUUAUUUUGUCAUGUAGUUUUUCGAUAUAAUACUUUGAAUGUAUGAAAUUUUACAGUGAUUUAGUCAUGAACCACCACAUUCACCAUAUUGUUUUUAAUGAGUGUUGAUCACAGUCUUUCCCCAGGCUACACUAUUACCAUUCCAGCUCACCACCUUUUGAAGUGGUUUUAUGUUGCAGCUUUUAUAUAAUAAUGGACCACAGCAUGACUGAAAAUAAAUAAACGUUAAAAAAAAAAUACAAAAAUAAAUAUGCUAUGUGUGAAGCAGA